CUACAGCUGUUCCUACAAGCUGGUAGGUGGGGCGGCUAGUUAAGUUGUGAGUUUAGGUAUAACUUCAAAUGGGAGACGCUACAUCGUCAGUUACAGUGGAUAUACCUACAUCGAUUGAAGAUGAACAAGAAAGUAAACUCAAGGCAAAGUAUCCAGGUCUCAAUCGACAGGGUGUUGGGUCCCUCAUAUUGCAGAAGAGACUAAACCGUGGACACAAAUACUUUGAUUCUGGUGAUUACAAUAUGGCAAGAGCAAAGAUAUUACAGCAGCAAAAACAUGUACUCCCACCGCAAACAGAAGAAGCUAUCUUGCAUGAAUCAACUGGUGAAACUAUGGCCACUCCUGAUAGUGUACCAGCUGUUCGCAAAAAAUCCAUCCUAUCCCCAACUAGUACAGACUCUGUUAAUCCUGUAGCUUCAUCAGCUCCACCGAAGGCUACACUGUCACAUCCAUCUGAUAGUACAAGUCUGUUAUCAGCAUAACCAAUCAGAAAGAGAAAAAACUGUCUUCGACUUAAUGUUAUUUUGAAGAAUACAUUUUUAGGUACUUCAAUCCACAUGACAUUUGUUAUGGUACUGUAUUAAAAGAAAGAAUGACCUUGUAAUGUUUGUUAAUCGUGUUGUCUGCGUCUUUCUGUUGCUUGUUUCACUGUGGACUUAUAUGGCAUGCAUUUCCUCUGUUUAGUUUCCAAACAAUCUAUUUUAAGAAAUCUUAUGCAUUUCCAUAAUUAUCCAUUGCAUUUGUCGUUCAACUAACCUAUGGACACUAAACUCUUGACUGGUAAUAUUAUGAUUACAUAUAUUUAUGAACAUUGUUCUUCUUCUUCUUCGUUUUUUCUAGAUCAGCUUAGUUUUUUACUAUGUGUAAUUCUCCGGUUCCUAUGAGCGAAUUGUAUGUGACUCUGUUACUUGCUUUCUCGAUUUUACUAUAUAUAUGUGCGUGCUACAAUGAGAUUGAAUGAAAUCCAUGUCAUUUGAAUUAAAAUU